GGGGCGGUGGGCGGGCGGUUACCUCAUCGCUGCCUCCCCGAGGCUGCGCUCUCUCGCUCGCGCCGCCGGCUGGGGCGGCGACUCCGGGCGCUGGGGCGAGAGAAGGACGGAGGGACGGAGGCGCCGAGAGGCAGCGCCGCCCCCCGCGCCCCGCUCCGCUGCGGGACCCGCACGGCCAGGUCGGACCUCGGUGCUCCGCGCUGCCGGUGGCGCCUCCAUCGCGCUGCGGGGCGGAGGCGGUGUCUGCGCGCCGCGCGCGGGUCUGUUCUGUCCAGAGCUUCGGCACCCGCCGGAGCCGCUCGUGCGUCCGCCGUCGCCUGCUCGGCUGUCUGUCUGCCCUCCCGCCGCCAGCUCCGUCCUCUGACCUGGCCUCUCCGGACCCCGGGUGCUCCGGGGGCCGAUGAGGAGUGAGGCGGGGCUGGGGCGCACAGGGCAGGGCGCGCGUGGCGCACGGCGCGGCGCCGGCCCAUGAGGCUUCCCAACGCGGGGCGCGGCAGCGCGCGCGGGCCAUGGGGGGCAGCCUGCGGGUGGCCGUGCUGGGCGCCCCGGGCGUAGGCAAGACGGCCAUCAUCCGCCAGUUCCUGUUCGGUGACUACCCCGAGCGCCACCGGCCCACGGACGGGCCGCGCCUCUACCGGCCCGCGGUGCUGCUCGACGGCGCCGUCUACGACCUGAGCAUCCGCGACGGCGACGGCGACGGCGCUGGCCCGGGUUUGAGCCCCGGGGGUCUAGAGGAGUGGCCGGAUCCUAAGGACUGGAGCUUGCAGGACACGGACGCCUUCGUGCUCGUCUACGACAUCUGCAGCCCGGACAGUUUCGACUACGUGAAGGCGCUGCGGCAGCGAAUCGCGGAGACCAGGCCGGCGGGCGCACCGGAGGCGCCCAUCCUCGUGGUAGGCAACAAGCGGGACCGGCAGCGGCUGCGCUUCGGGCCUCGGCGCGCGCUGGCCGCCCUGGUGCGCAGAGGCUGGCGCUGCGGCUACCUCGAGUGCUCCGCCAAGUACAAUUGGCACGUGCUGCGUCUCUUCCGCGAGCUGCUGCGCUGCGCUCUGGUGCGCGCGCGCCCUGCGCACCCGGCCUUGCGCCUGCAGGGGGCGCUGCAUCCGGCGCGCUGCAGCCUCAUGUGACCGAAUUGGACGCCGCCGCCAAUGGCGGAGGGGCCCUCACUUGCCUGGGACAACUAGGGACCCGGAUUGGACGAGAUUGCCCAACUCUCUCGGAUUGGAGAGGACAGUCUCCCCCCUGAUUGGAUGAGGAAAGCUCCCACCCAGUCUCCUGGGCAACAGGCCUCUCUUUGAGCCUCAUUGGACCCAGCCAGGCCCCAGGCCCCAUUGGACAAGAUCAGUCCUUUCUGGGACCUCAUUGCGCCAUGAUCCCAUUGGAUGGAAGGGACUUGACUAUGAAUCUGAUUGGAAACUCGCAGACGCUCCUGGAGUUUCACUGGACAAACUCUUAAGUCACACCUCUCAGGUGGUAAUAAAGGAGGAAACAAUUCACGUGCA